AUGUCCGCCUCCUCAUCUCAGUCGCACGCUUCUUCCCAUGCGACGGAGAAUGAUGAGAAUAUGGUGGAUAUUCGUUCUCAGUCUUCCGCAUCUUCUCUAUCCGAAGCUACCUAUAAUCCAUUGGAGGAUUUGGAAGGCAUGUCGUACUCGCAGGAGGACACUGUCCGUGCGUUCGGAGACUACUAUGCAUUUCUCGCUAAGAUGUACGUGGGCGAGUCUCUCAUCCUCAAUCCACCCUCUGGUGGCUGGCCUUCUAUCACCAAGGAAAGGUACCGUAACAUGAGGAAGACCGACACGGUUAUUGAGCUUCUACGCCAUCUUCCGUACCUUAGCGAAUAUAGCGGUGACUUCUUGGCAACUCAAACCGUGCCGUACAGCACGUUCUGGAACUUUGAUCGUGGUUGCGCCGGUUCAAAGUCAAACGAUGAACCAGAGUCCACGAAGCUCUACACAGAGGGCCCGGAGUUCAGUGACGCCAUACCUGCGCAUGUUAUUGGCUUCUGCUCUAGCGAGAACGAUCCCCUGAUAUUUUUGCUAGACACUCAGUUCGGAGUUAUCUACUGGCUCGAAGCGCCUGGCUAUGUUAAGCUUCGUAACGGGUGA